CUUCCUGUAGAUGACGAUGACCGACCUGGAGACCUCGAUGGCGACCAUCAUCGCCGUGUUUCAGAAGUAUUCGGAGCGAGAAGGCGACAAACACAAGCUGAAGAAGAGCGAGCUGAAAGAUCUGCUUCAUGACGAGCUGCCGGAGCUGAUGGCGCAUGUUAAAGACCAGGCCACGCUUGACAGCCUGAUGGAGAGCUUGGACACUGACGGCGACGCCGAGUGCGACUUCCAGGAGUUCAUGACAUUCAUCUCCAUGGUUACCGUCUGUUGCCACGAGUUCUUCGAGCACGAGGACGAGUAGAGGAGGAGGACAACGAUGGAGAGAGAGAAUAAAUUAUAAUAAAAGAAGAAGAAGAGCAGCGCAGGGGGGGAAACACACAUUACCAGUGAAGUUUGGCUACUGGCUGCCAGUUAAACC